AUGGAUAUCAUUCUAAUACGAGUGUGCCAGGAAACCGAGUAUUUCAGCGAGAUGAAAUGCUUGAAAACGGGAAGCAGUAUUAUGGAUCGGAAGAGCAAGCUAUUCAAAUGCUCUCCGUACUUGGACGAAGUGAGCAUACUGCGCGUCAAGGGAAGAAUCGACCUAAUAGAAGGAGUCGAAGUAAACCUAAAGCGACCCAUAAUCCUACCAAGAAGACAUCGAUUUACAUUUCUGCUGGUUGAGUCGUAUCAUCGCCGGUACCAUCAUCUGUACGACGAGAUCGUGGUCAAUGAACUACGGCAAAAGUUCCUGAUAUUUGGUCUGAGAGCCUUGGUGAGAGAGGUUUCUCAAACUUGUCCAGCAUGCCGGAUGAGGCGCGCGCGUCCUAGGCCUCCAGAAAUGGGAAGUCUACCGCGUGAGCGUUUGGCGCACCACAUGGCGCCGUUCACCUAUACAGGAGUGGAUUACUUUGGGCCCAUCGACAUCAUCGUUGGACGACGGCACGAGAAGCGCUGGGGUGUUCUGUUCACAUGCCUCACAAUUCGUGCCGUACACCUGGAUAUCGCAACGUCACUGUCAACCGACUCUUUUCUUUGUAUUCUAAAGGCAUUUAUAGCUAGACGUGGUUGCCCGCGACGAAUGAUGUCCGAUAAUGGGACUAACUUCCGAGGCGCGAGUAGAGUGUUAAAAGAUGAAGUGGAGCGUAUAUCGACCAGGGAUGUGGAGACCAAAUACCCAGAAAUGGAGUUCAUGUUCAUUCCGCCAGGCUCACCGCACAUGGGCGGUGCAUGGGAAAGAUUGGUACGCUCAACAAAGUCCAUUCUAACGGAGAUCUUGCCGCCUGGUGGAUUGCGAGAAGAAGUGCUUCGUGCUGCGUUGGCUGAUGUGGAGGGUAUUCUCAACUCACGCCCACUCACAUAUGUACCACUGGAAUCGGCAGACUCAGAAGCGCUUACACCGAACCAUUUCCUCUUGGGCCACUCUAGUGGAAUUCGUGAACGAGACAGCGAAAUACAAAAUGGUAACAAGCUUGCCAAAGGAUUCAGAAUUUCGAGCCAGUUAGCCGAUCAGUUCUGGAAAAAAUGGAUUCGAGAAUAUCUGCCAACGCUUACGCGCCGUACCAAAUGGUUCCAUCCGCCGCCAGAUUCGAUCGCCGUGAAUGACAUUGUUGUUAUCGCAGAUGAGAAUGGCAAACGAAACAGCUGGCCCAAAGGAGUUGUGGUAGAUGUUCACCGAUCGAGAGACGGUCAG